AUGCGCGUGAUCAGUGUUCCGCUCGGGCUCCCGACUACGGCGAAGCCCCUCUUUCGGUCCUCGACGGCCCGUUCGGCGAGAAUCAUCACAAACAACACAUCCCGGCGCACACAAUGUACAGCAUCAGCAUGCGCACAUACGAACGCCAGCCAGUCGCGCGCCUUGGCACAUGCUGCCCGUCCUGCCGCCCGCAUCAUCCUUCCUGCGAUAUUUACUGCUGGCCAAAGGAGAAGGGCGACGACUGCUACCGCCGCAGCCGCUGUUGACAAUGUGAACCCGGGAAACCUCGGCCCUAUCCAAGAGUACGACCGCCGAGUCGCCAACGGGGAGUUGCGAAAUGACGACCACCAAAGAGGAAUCAUCCAGAAUCUACAGCAUCUUCACGAAGAACUCCGGAACUAUGCCGCACCGCCCGUCGUCCACCCGACCCUCGAAUCCCUAAAACCCCACAAGUCGCUUUUCUCCUUCUUUGGCGGCAAGCCAAAGAGUGCCAUUGCCGAAAUCCCUGCCAACCUCCCCCGGGGGUCUACCUCUACGGCGAUGUCGGCUGCGGCAAGACCAUGCUGA